AUGCCCGUAUCACUCCUAGAUGAGACAGAGUCAUGCGCACUUGUGGAUCCUGAGUUGAGUUUCGUCAUCGGCAGCCAAACACUCGGGUUUCCGGAUCAAUUGCGGACAGAUCUCGUCAUGCAUGUUGGAGAAAAACAUGGUGCCUAUCUUGGUGUGACGAUUCGCCUUCCGCGCAGCAAAAACGACGUCGUGUCUUUCUUCGACAGCGACUUUACAGUGUUGGCAGACCUCUCCAUCACUAUUAGGUGGCCGUUGGGCAGUUUCAAUAUCUGGAUAGAUGGCCUGGAAGACGCCAAAGUGAAAACGCACCUUCCCCAGCAAAUGCAAGCGAACGAUUCUGGCCUCUUGCAAGUAGAGCUCCGCCCUAAUGAGAAAAGCUUCAUCGAUGGCAUUGGGUUUCCUUUCCAGGGAAAAGACGCGAACGUCGAUAGCUACGUUAAUUCUGAUGGCAAGAUACAAGGAAAGUGGAGCCUCAGAGACAUCUUCAGUCAGAAGCGCUUCUUCGUCCUCGUCAAAGACACUAUCAACUCCUCACUGACCGUGUUAUUUCAACUCGCAUCAAAGCAAAAAGUUGUUGAAGCCCCCUACGGAAAUGUGUACCAUUGGGACGUGAACAGGUACAAGAAGCAGAUGGCUCCUGAGAAUCUCAAAACGGCUCAAGAUCCAGUCAAAUCUCGCUUUGAUGAUCUCAAUCAUGUGUUAACGGUGAUCGCACAAUCGAUCGUGCAAGUAGUCUUGCAAGAAUUCUUCAUCGGCCGCGGGUGUCUUCAGCCCAUCACCCACUCGCCCAAGAUCACCAACAUUGACAGUGACGACACUCAUCUGAGAUGGCGAUGUCGCACCUGUCUCCUUGCUUACAAGAACGGUUCCGACAAUGCAUCGAACUGGUUGCACUUCGCAUGGUUGGCAUUUGUGGGCCUGCGACCUAUGAAACCAACAUACUCGUUGUAA